AUGAUUACAGCUGAACAACAAAUUCGUGCUUAUAAAUCUCAAACACAACUAAUAGUUCAAUUAAAACGAUUAUUAUCUGAAUAUGAAUUAACAGAAGAAAAAAAUCUUUAUAAAUGUUUAACUAUUAUAACUGAUGCAAGAAAAUUAAUUGAACAACUUGAUAUGAAAACUUUACAAGAAUUAAGAUUAGUUACUAAAGCAGAAAAAUCAGUUGAAGAUACAUUAGCUGCUAUUAUUAUGAUUUUAAAAUCUUCAACAGCUGAUAUAACAUGGCAAAAAGGUGCGAUAAGACAAUUAGCUAAUCUAUAUAGAUUUAUUAAAGAAACUCAAUUAUUUGAUAAAAUUAAUUUAACACAAGAACAUAUUAAUUUAAUUAGUGCCAUUAUUAAUAAUUUUCAACUUAAAAAUACAUCACUUUAUAAAUGGGUUAAACGAGUUUUACAAUAUCAUACAGUUUUACUUAAAAAAGUUCGACCAAUACAACAGAAAUAUAAAGAAAUUGAAGACGAUGUAUUAGAACAAGAUCAAAAAUUAAUUUUAUUAGAUAAUAAAAAACGAAUAAGUAAAAUAUUUGAAACAAGCGUAGAACGUCAAUCAAGAUUAAAUGGUACAUGUGCAAUUGCAUCAGCAUUUUCAAUUUAUCUUGGCCCAUAUACAUAUGGAUUUCGAUGUCUCAUGCUAAUUGUUCAUUGGAUUGAAUGCAUUAGAGAUAGAGGAAUGACUAUUGUUUUUGAUCAAAUAUCAAGUAUUAAAGGUCCAAUUAUAAAUUGGCAAUUAGAUCCUAUUAAAGAAAAAUUAUUACAAAUAUUUGACGAACAGAAAUUAUUUGGUGGACCUGAAUAUCUUCAAAUGUUAUUUUCUUUACUGAAAUUUUUAUUAGGUGAUCAAAUAUAUUAUGAAUGGUUAAAUGACGGAGUUUUACCAUCAGAAAUGGAAAACCAUACAAUUAUUAUUACAUCAAUUGAAUAUCCUCCACUUCUUAUUGAUCCAUUUGGACAAUAUGAUCAAUGGAUGGAAAAAUGUUAUAAUCUUCAAAAAAUUCAUUUUGAUAAUCAAUCAAAACAUGAUGUUGCAAUGUCAAUUGAACAACCAUUUUUAUCUGAUUCAGAAAUUUAUAUUAAAAAUUGUAAUACAUUAGAUAGUGUUCUUUAUCCAUUAGUACAAUGGACAGCAACAUCACACGAAUCAAAUUCUAAUGAUGGUAGAUAA